CAUAUAUCGGCAGAGCCAAACGACGUACAGCUGUGGGCAAUGUUGCCUACAGGCGCGAGUUGAUAGGGGUCCGCGUAAAUUAUUAACAAGUCUGCAUGAAGGUGACGGUUAAUGAUAACGUUAACUAGAUUUUGUAAUAGAGGCAGCUGUGAGCGACCCGGAGUUAUGUCCCGCGCGAGACGGGCAGCAGAUUAAAAAUUCAACACUUCAAAACGAGUUGAAUUCGGCAUGGGCUUGGGCGACGCUGGCGCAACCGGCGAGCCCGCCAGUGCUGUUAUGACGCCGGGACCGCGUGGUUGACUCCGUCACUCGGACUGCUCACACCACCUUUACUGUUACUAUAAAAUAGCCUACCUGUAAUCCACAACAUGUUUUGAUCUGAGUGCCCGUGAUCUGAGUGAUUGAAGGAUAUUGUCAAUUUUGAUGGAUAAUAGCAGAUUGUUAGCGAGGGUGUAAAGGAUGGCGGGGGAGGCCCCGGGCUCGCUGCACGGGUGGGGCUGCACGCCAACCGGGGACACGCCGCCAACCGUGGCGGGUCAGAACGCCAGCAAACCGGCGUGCCUGCCAGUACUACUCAGGGGCUGGCGAAAGACUGCCCUCUACUGCAUCCUAGUGUUCCUCAUGAUGCUAAUUUUCUUAAAUAUCGGACUGACCCUAUGGAUCAUUAGCAGUUUGAAAUUGAGAAUGGGUGGGUUUGGUCCAAUGAACAUCGUUAAAGGUGGCAUAGAGCUGCAAGGUCAGGCGUUUGUGAUGAACAACUUAAUCGCGUCGACAAUAAGCUCGCGCGCUGGGCAGCCCAUAACGUUUCACUCGCACCGGAACUUCAGCAUACUGGUCACAGAGUCCGAGCGGAAGGAAACCGCCAAAUUGGUGCUCAAAAGAGAUAGCUUUGAAUGCAGUGGACGCAUGUUCGAGGUGCGUGACGCGCACGGCGGCGAAGUGUUCCGCGCGUCCCGCGACGAGGUGCGCGUGUUCAGCGACGCCCUGGCAGUGGACGGGCCCGGCGGGCUGGCGGUCAGAACGGCCGUGCAGGCGCCCAGCGUCAGGGCGCCGCCUGGAUCUGACCUGCAGUUGGAAUCUCUAACGAGACACCUGGAACUGAUAGCCCCGCAAUCCAUACACCUGGAGAGUCGAGCGGGUGGCAUUGAUAUCACGGCUCACAGCAACAUCAAACUGGAUUCUGUUGUCGGCGCCCUAAAAAUCGAUACUCCGAGUAUUUUCAUUUCAAACCUUAAAGAGGCCAUGAAAGCAGAGUCCGCGCCCCCGACCAAACACUUGAGACCGCAGAAAGUGUACCAGCUGUGCGCCUGCGCGUCGGGCAAGCUAUUCCUCGCCGCCGCCGACGCCUCCUGCGCCGCCAACAAUGCCGACACGGACUUUUGUAGAUGAUAAAAAGAGUUAUUAAUUAAAAACCAAUAAAUAUUCAAUAAUAAUCCAGUCCAGGCACAAUCACUAUCCGAAAGAAAAUUCGU